AGAGCAGGCUGCUACGGCGCGGAACGGGGUAACACGUGUCCGGUCGUGCAACAGUGUGCAAAUCUGAUGAAAAUAUUUCGUGAGAAAAGUUCUUCACUUGGUCCGACAUCUUAGUCCUUGCGUGAUGUUCUGCAGAAGCAUUAGUUGGUUCAUCUGCAUUUUGGUGGCCGUAGUCAUAGCUGCAAAUUGCAGUGACUCAGAUUCUAUUACAGGACCCGAUCUGGAAGUCAAUGUUUUACGCUUAAGAUCUGGAAACCCAGGACAGUCCGCAGUGGAACCAGAAACGGAGGCUAAGGAGACCCCAACUGUGGGUCUGAGCGCCCUGCUGGACGCCGGGGAGGGCGCCGUGGUGACCCUGGUGGCCGGCGACACGCGUCUCGCAGCGCACAGGGCCGUCCUGGCUUCCAGGAGCCCCGUGUUCCAAGCCAUGUUCCGGCAGGACCCGCUGGAGGCCAGCAGCGGUCAGGUCGCAGUCCAGGACGUGGAGGGCCCGGUGCUGCGCCAGCUGCUGGCCUACCUGUAUACACUCCAGGCCCCCCGGCUGCCCGGCAUGUCUGCACAGCUGCUGGCAGCCGCUGAUAAGUACGGCGUGUCGGCCCUGAAGGCGGACUGCGAGCUGCAGCUGGCCGCACAGCUCUCCGUCGAGACAGCGGCGGCCACGGCUGCUCUCGCGGUCAGGCACUCCUCUGACAGCCUCAAGCAGGCGGCCAUUAAAUUCAUAAGGGCUCACUUGGUGCAGGUGAUUUUCACACCGGGCUGGGCUGAUGCAGUGCGCUCCCAGCCUCAAGACAUGGCUGAUGUGUAUCGCCUGCUCUUGGAGACGCCAAUGGAAACCAGAUAUGCUGACGCUCACCGAGAAGCCAACACUGGCACCCCACUGCAGACGCCAAGUAACACCACUGCACAACGUCAAAGACUGCCAGCAACUGCAGACGGCAGGACCACCCCCGCUACUGAGCUGCACAGCAACCGUGGCUGGACUUCGGUCACAGCUGCACCACCCACGACUCUGCACUCCACACUCUGGCCUGAUGGCAGCACCGCCUCUACUCUGCACACUCCAGCCUCUACAGAGAUCUCAGUCGCCCCCGCCACUCAGCUGCAGAGCAACAACGGCGACCACAGCCAGACUUCCGCCUCAGCUACCACGCCCACAGUUGCCAGCCCGACUCUCUCAACCGAUAGCACCGCCAUCACUCUGCUGAGCUCGCCAUCUACUGCAGUCAGCCGGACGACCCCCUCCACUCAGCCACUCAGUGACCACAGCUGGAGUCGCGACGCAGCUGCACUGACCACCAUGUCUACCCACGACACUCCCCUACCUGACAGCGUUGCCAUCGCUCUCCUGAGGACAUUAUCUGGAGAGGAGAAGGGCAGGAGGCUGAUCCAGGCAGCUAUUCUGGGCUCAAUGGAGGAGUUGCAGGCCCUGCUGGCGGCUGGAGUGAACUUGGGGGCGAGAGACAUGAAUGAGUGGACCCCCUUGCAUUGGGCAGCUGGCAGGGGAUACGAGGAGAUGGUGAGGCGUCUGCUGGCGGCAGGUGCGGACGUGGGGGCGAGGGACAAGUUCCAGCAGACGCCGCUGCACUUGGCUGCGUGGGCCGGCCGCCCGGCCGUCGUCAGGCUGCUGUCGGCGUCCUCCGCCGACCCCAACGCCAGGGAUGUGGACGGGUGGACGCCGUUGCACUCUGCAGCAUUCAAUGACGAGACGGAAGCAGCGACGGCGCUGCUGGAGGCAGGGGCCGACAAGGGGGCCAUAGACAACAAUGGGAGAACCCCGCUGGACAUCGCCAGACAGUACAACCAGCAGCAGGUGAUAGACGUGCUAUGAUCAACCUGUGGACUAAAAUAAAUAAACCUUUUUACAGUA